AUUAUCCUCAUAAAUAAAGCGUUAUGUAUGGGACUUAAUACAGAUUAGCUAUGCAAUUUCUUCCUUUACUGUAUACAGUGUUAAAUGUGCUGUAUAGAUCGACUAGUUUAUUUUUUCAAUGAAAUUUUGCAAGCUACCGUCGACGCAUACCGAAAAUCUUCAUUAAAAUCAGCCAAGCCCUAAAAAUUCCAUCUGUUCAUAGAGGAAUUUAAAGUUAUCAUGUUCCGAUCAAUAGUCGUAAUUAAAUGAAUACACAUACAAAUCUACAGAAACUUCACAUUAUUCUUCUAUGAAUUCAAGUGUCCACAUAUAUGGAAACAAAUGAAGAUUUUCUCCUCGUAUAUCAUUCACUGUAUGUACAUAAUAAAUUUGAUUCUUACUACUGCUACAUCACAUACUGUUGUACAUAAACGCAAAACACGAUUCGCUCAGAAGCAUAAACCAGUGUCUCAGACAAUGUUCUUAGGUGAGUUGAAAAAACUGAAUGUACGCUUACUUGAAGAAGAGUCGAUUGGCAGAGAAGUAGCUAAUUUACAGUUUUUAAUUAAUCGCACAGCUACUACUAUCAGUGACAAUAAUCACAAUCAAGCUGAUAGCAUCAGCGAGGAUAAAAAAAUAGGAAAAUCGAAUCAUCAUUAUUAUUAUCAAAUAUUCAAUAGUGAACCACAGUCAAAAUACUUUCAUCUUGAUGCACAAACUGGUGUACUCAGAGUUGCUAGGCGCAUAGAUCGAGACCAGUUAUGUCCAAUGUUUAAAUCCUGUUGUACAUACCUCAGUUAUACAGAUUAUCAUGCAGAUUAUGCUGAUAAGCAUACACAGUUAAACUCAGCAUACAGUCCUACUGAUAACGAAAGAGUUUCCAAUUGUCAUUUAGAUUUAAACAUUCGCUCAGAUGAUCAGUAUACAAAUAUUAUAACUGUCAAUGUACAGAUUAUUGACAUCAAUGAUAAUGCACCAACAUGGUUAUUGAAUAGUAAAUCAGGCUUUCUAAGUUUUGCAGAGGAUUCGCAUAAACAGGAUGUAAUGCGUGUUUAUGUUUCCGAAAGUAGUCUUAUUGGAGAUGCUGUACAUUUAACACCUGCAGUAGAUCAAGAUGCUGGACCAAAUAACAUCAUAAAAUAUGUUACUGAACCUCAGGUUCCAGAGUUUGAAUUAGAAUGGACAUCGUUGGAUCGAGAAACAUCUAUUUCAAAUCUGCAAAUGUCUGAUCACAUACAAAUAAGUAGCGUUCCGUCUUUUUCUCAUUCUGUAAACAGAUCUCCACCUGGUCCAAGACAUGAACUUCGCCUGAUUGUCCGAAGCCCAUUGGAUAGAGAAACCAAAUCUGUAUAUGAAUUCAAUCUAACUGCUGUUGAUGGAGGAUCACCUAGUAAGAAUUCAACGAUCAGCUUGCAAGUUCAUGUAACUGAUUUCAAUGAUAAUUCUCCAAUUUUUGAAAAAGAUACAUACAUUGUAGAUUUACGUGAGAAUGCUCGACCUCAUACACCAGUGGUACAGGUUAAAGCUACUGAUAUCGAUGAAGGAAGUAAUGCUGAAAUCAAAUAUAGAAUAAGUUCACUGACUAAGCCUGAGUUUAUGAGACUUUUCGCAUUGGAUUCAAUCACUGGUUGGAUACAUGUUCAAUGGGAAGUGGACUAUGAAUUAUAUAAGAAAAUUGUAUUGACAGUUGAAGCAAGCGAUGGAGGUACUCUGCCGAGAAGUACAACAUGUAUUGUUGAAAUUACAGUGUUGGAUGAAAAUGAUCACUCACCUGAAUUGCAUUUUGAACCUCCACACUUAACUAACUAUGCACUUGUGCCAGAAAAUGAAAAACCUGGUCGUUUAGUUGCUGUAUUCACAGCACAAGACAAAGAUAGCGGCGAUAAUGGUCGAGUGAGUUGUAGACUUGCCGAAUCAAAGAAGUGGCACUUCGAUACACAGAAUAAACAAAAAUUAGAAAAUCUUUUAUUGAAUCCAACAGAAACACUUUUCAGUCUACAGCAAAUGCAUAUGCCUUUUUCAAUAAUGUACAAAUUGACAACCGCUUCUAGUUUCGAUCGCGAAUUCAUUUCCAAAGUGACCGUGUGGAUUACUUGUUCAGACUACGGUAGCCCUGCAAGAAGUAGUACAGGAUCUGUGGCUGUUAGAAUUACUGAUGUAAAUGAUGAAUCGCCAGUUUUCAGUCAAACACACUAUUACUUCAAUGUGAAUGAAAAUUCAGAAAUUGGGACUAUAAUAAGUAGGAUCAAUGCGACUGAUCCUGAUGAAGGUGAAAAUGCAAAACUUACAUUUUGGUUAAGCGGACCAAAUUCAGAUUACUUUGAAGUGAAUAAAAUUACUGGUCACUUGACCGUCCAAAAGUCAGUCGACAGAGAAGUGCUAAAUGAAUUACGAUUUCUAGUUCAUGCUACAGACAGCGGGCUACCAAGUUUAAAUGCCAGUUCAGAUGUUACUAUCACAGUUCAAGAUGUCAAUGAUAAUCCACCAAGUGUUAUGGAUAAAAUCGAAUUUUAUGUACUGGAGAAUCACACAGCAUCUUUAGCUAUUGGAAAAAUUUCUGCACAUGAUGCAGAUAUUGGUCGAAAUGCUGACAUCACAUAUACACUGAUUCAGUGUAUAGCCUAUGGAAUAAGAAGUUCAAAUAUUUCAGUUAAUGUGAAUCAAGAACCUAUACCACCAUUCGAAAACUACAUGAGUCAAAGGAAAAAUGUUUCCCAAUCCCUUGAGAUUCUGUACACAUUUUUCAUAGCUAAAGAUGGACAAAUCUAUUUGGGUCGAUCAAAACUGGAUCGUGAAUUAUAUCCAUUGUAUGAAUUAGCAAUUCGUGUAGAAGAUCAAGGCAAGCCGAAGUUAUCAUCUACGACUGUUGUUCUAAUACACGUGUUAGACGUGAAUGAUAAUACACCUAGAUUUAUAUUCCCUUCGGUUGGUAAUAACACAAUAUAUGUACCAAGAGAAACGAAACCUGGAACUCAUAUUGCAAGAUUAUAUGCUGUCGAUGAAGAUUCAGCAGAAAAUGGUCGAAUUACCUAUGGCAUUAAGACAAAUGAGCAUACAAAUGUAGAAGCAUUAUUUGAAGUUGAUCCUGUAACAGGUAACUUGAUCCUAAAACGUUCAGUAGACUACAAUUCCAACUCCUUGAAGCUCAGAGAAGCUGAAAAUUCCAAGAGGUUGGAAUUAGCCAGAACUCAAAGUGCAGGUAAUCAAGGAGCUGAAAUUAAUGUUCAAAAUUAUUCUGGCCAAAGUAAAAACAACGGAACUAUCAAACGAACUGAACCUCAAAAUAGAAGAUUUGAAAACCAGAUGGCAUACAGCAUAAUCGUUACAGUGAGAGAUAAUGGAGAACCUCCGUUGAAAUCUUCUACAAUUCUCAGAAUUCUAUUCACUCCACCUUUUUAUCCUCCUAACAAUAAUAUCGAAACGACAAAUUCUUUAGCAACGAAAAAUUUAAUUUGGGAUCAAUCAUCAAAAAAUAAUCUCGAUUCCACUCAAGUUCGUUCUGUUUCACAUGAACAUGAUUAUGACUACAGAGAACCUCCUAUUGAAAAUGAGUUGACAGGGAUAGGUGUAUUACUUGGACUGGUGACUGCUAUCGGUUUAUUCGUUUGCUUUUUAAUUCUUGUCAUAAUGAUCACAUUUCAUCAAAGUCGAAAACUGAGUGAACAUAGAAACCAGUUGUUUGGUAGAAGACGUCAAGUGAAUAGUCAGCAUCAAUUACAACAGCACACUCAACAAUGUCAGCAGCAUAUGCAGCCAACAAGUAUACCAGUCCAAGUACCAUCGACCCAUUUUGUGCCUAGUUCGAUUCUUCGACACAUACGUGUAGGAGAAUUUGAUAAAUCAGAAAAACAUUUAUCUGAUAUGUCUAGACAGUUUUGCAUACAAACAGUGAAUCAAGUGUUACCGAAUUCACAGACUCCUUUAGUAACCAGUUUUACUACAAUUUAAUAGUGUUUAAUUUCUUUUAUGUUAUUCUUCCCACUUCUUUCGUUAAUCGAUUUAUAUGUUAACUAAACAUUGAACGACAGUGAUCAGUUCGGUAAAGGUGUGUACGUUAUCAAUUAUAAAUGGUGAUAAAAUGAAAAUAUAUUAUUU